UCUCUUUCUCUGCAAUACCGUGUAUUAGGAGCUGCAGGGAAGGUUGUCCACGCAGUGUGUACCGCUUUCCCGCUAUGAACACAUAUCUUCUCAAGUUGCUGGUUCUCUGCGUGGCCAUUGGGGUUGUCUUUUGCCAGGCGCCCGGCCGUAAACAGCAGGCAGCGCGACGACCUACGUCCACCACGAAGCGCCCCACGACAGAGGUGGAGGACACGACUGACGAGUGCCCGGAGCCCAAUGGCUACUUCGCCGAUGCUUAUCAAUGCGACAAGUAUUAUGAGUGUAUUGAUGGAACCAUAACAGAGAAACUCUGUCCGGACGGAAUGGUCUUCAACGACUACAGCCCCAUGCAAGAGAAGUGUGAUCUGCCCUUCAACAUCGACUGCUCACAACGUCCCGACUAUCAGGUGCCUCAGCCCAGUCUGCAUUGCCCGCGGAAGAACGGCUACUUCGCUCACGAAGACAACCACAUCUGCGACAAGUUCUACUACUGCGUCGACGGCAAGUUCAACAUGAUUUCCUGUCCGGACGGACUCGUCUACAACGAGAAAACUGGUAUCUGCACGUGGCCUGACGAGGCCAAGAAGAAGGGAUGUUCGUCAGAAGACGUGUUCAAGUUCACGUGUCCGAAGACGACGAUGUCAGAGGCACAGCAGCACCCGCGCUACGCUGACCCGGAGGACUGCCAGUUCUUCUACGUUUGUAUCAACGGCGAAGUGCCUCGCCGUAAUGGCUGCAAGAUGGGACAAGUGUUUAACGAUGCCACCAAAACGUGCGAUUGGCCUAGGAAUGUCCCCGAAUGUGCCGAAUGGUAUAAGGGUAUCCUCACAGAUCAGCAGUUGGCAGAUCUGGAGAAUCCAAAACCCAAGAAUAGAACACGAGGAGAAGAUUACAAGACGAGAAAUGGUGCAAGACUGCGUCCCAUUGAGGUGGAAUAAUUACGCAGUGUACGAUUCUAAGUACAGUAAUUGUGAGAAUGUGUCUUUAUGGAAUAUCUGAAUAUCUACGCAUUACAAAUUGUGAUAUAAAGAGCGUACAAUUUAAUUUACGUAAGUUCCAUUCCCCUGUAAUAAAUACACUGGCCCCUCUCCCCACUGACACUGGGGUCAAGGUCAACCUUGUUGCUAGGCCGCUGCCAUUGUACUUAGAGUUGCGUUUUAAAUUGUACGCUCUGCAUUCAAGGGGUAGAAAUCUCAGAGACACGAUCUUCACACUGCUGAAUAAAGUGGGUUCUGAUUGCAUUAAUCUGAACUAAUCACAAUAAAUACAACGUAUUUAUAACAUUCGGAAUAUCUUUGUACAUUCCUAAUGUAGUAUAACAUUAAUUGUUAAUUUCAACCUUAUCACGUUUUUUGAGUAAAGUUUUUGGUUUAUGAUAUACCAUAUCUGAUGAGAUGUUGCAAAACUUAUUUUACCUAAAAUUUCAAACUGGAUUUUUAAAGAGGUGUUUGGACAGCUCACUUUGAGGUUUGAACAAGCAAUGGGCUGGAAGACCACAGUUCGAUUCCUGACAAGGGAAAAAAAUCAGUACCGUCCUCAGAAGUUCUCGUGUCUUCCUAAACUCCUACCAGAAGGGUAUAGGGUGCUAUUUUCCUUAAUAUAAAAAGCUCAUCCAUAGAAAGAGAAAUGAAAGGUUUUUGUACUUAACUAGCAAAGAAAUAUAAAAAUGUUAAAUCAACAUAAGUUGGGAGGAGGAUGUUUAUUGUUAGUUUGAGAAUGUUUCUUUAUAAUCAACAAAAUUUCUUGUUCUUUAUUAUUUAUUUAUAACAAAUACUUUUCAGCCAAUGAGCCAUCACCAGCGUCAGUUAUAUAAUUCAUCAAAUCGAUGUAAUUAAAUAUAAUUCGUACUGUGCGAAAAUAAAAUCAGAGACAAGAUUUUCUGUUGUCUGUGUUAGAGACCUUAGAAAGUUGCUGUUGAGUACACUAAACACGAUUUUGACCACAUGUACCACAAACACGUAUUCCUGUAAUUAUGUAAUCUACACUGGUUAUGAUCCACGGGCUGACACGUGUUUGUAAUAAAUAUAAACAUUGAGAAUUUUCGUUGGUUAUACACAAAUAUAUUUACUAUAAACCCGCGUGGAAUUAAAGAUACAAACUCGUUCGUAAAAUUUACCAGAUCACAAUAAUAUCUUAUUAGAAGCGAUAGUUAUGUCUAGAAUUUCAGCUGUACAGACAAUAUCAACUUAAAUAAAUAUGACAGUUGUCAGACAAGUA